GGAUCGUCCUGAAACUUUGUGUUACAGCCUUGGUACUAGUGACCGGUGCAAGAGCACAGGUUGACAUUUGCGAUGAUGUAUCUGUGCUGAUGGCUACCCCAACGCCCCAGAUACUCACCUCUGUGAGCAUAGAGACGAAUGAAUAUACUCGUGUAUUGUGUACAGUCCAAAUCACGGUACCAGUCGGCUCGUCUUUGAAACUGAACUUUACGUCAGUUAUCAAUCCCAACCCGGAUCCCAUUGAAAUAUACCGAAUAGAUCCGUCCGUCAGUCGCAGACGUUAUGUCGGAGUCUCCAUGAAUAUUCGGUUCGGCUAUGGCCCACCCAUCUACGUCUUUUCUGGAUCUGUCUACGUCGGUAUAGAAUAUGACGUCUUACCAAGUACAACAUUUAUCAUGGAAUAUCAAGAAGUGGCCUUCGAGGAGAACAUCUGUACUUUGAUGCCUCUGCUACAAGCUGACACCACUGUCCGGGAAAUUGUGACGCCUAACUUCGGUAACGGUCCCUAUUUUGACAAUGAAGAGUGCCAAGUGACGAUCCAGAGCAACGUCCCUGGCGCCAGUGAAGUAAAGGUGGAAGUGACGUUCCACGUGAUGGAAUGUGAUUAUGACACCAUAACAAUAUGUGAUGGUGUCUUUUGUCAUAAUUUGUGUCGGUCCAAUCCAGGCAUCUUCCGUGGUACCAAUGUUUUGGUCCGUCUUUCAUCAGAUUUUGUCUAUGCCAAAUUGGGUAUGAGAUUAGAAUACAUCACAGACUUAUCGGACUGGACAUCGUGGGUGAGCACGGGGUGUCAUGCAAACCGGAACUGUGACUUGUUUGUCAACGACACAAGGAGAAGGAAUUGUCUCAUCGACAUCUGUAUGGAUGAGCCCGUCCAGGAACGAACCCGGGUCUGCUCAACGUUCUGUGCUGAUUGCCUUCUCCCUUAAUAGGUCCUGUCUGACAGAUUACGAAGAACAAUAUUGCGAAGAGGGAUCCAAAAUAUGGUUGCGCAGUCAAUACUGACUCGGGAGAUUUCGUUAAGAGAGGGAACCACAAUUCUGAAAAUGCUUUGGUGUUUAUACUGACACUUGUUAGUUAAUUUGUGAGGAAAAACCGCAAGGUAUCAGGUUAUAUAUCCUUUGAAGCUAUAACUAUCUUGGAGGGCCAACGACUAUUUUCAUGCUCUUUUCUUUUAACUUAUGUUUCUG